UCUUUGUUCAAAAUCUCCAAGAAAACUAGCUGGUUGCUUUGGUUUGGACUGUUUAGUUCUUUCAUAAUUAUCUUCCACUUUCAAAAUCUUUUAAUGGGGGCGACGUACUGUAUAUCUAUGGCCUUAGGUUAGGAUAACACACUCCACCAGCCCCACACCACACAGCCACGGCCGACGAUCCCCUUCCCUCUCAUUCACUGCCAAUUCACUCUAAGUCAAAGUUAUAACGACCGUCUUUCUCUCUCUUUUCGCCCUUCCUCUUCGUCAGUCUCACUCUCAGAUCCCUCGAGUCGCCAUGGCUAUGGCGAUUAGGGUUUCCCUACUGUUUUCUAUGCUAAUUUUAUUUUACGCGAAGCCUAGCUUUUCGCUGUACGAAGAUCAAGUUGGUCUCGUGGACUGGCACCAACAAUACAUAGGGAAGGUGAAACAAGCAGUGUUCCAUACUCAGAAAACUGGCCGAAAGCGUGUUGUUGUGUCCACCGAGGAGAAUGUUGUUGCUUCUCUCGAUCUUCGACAUGGAGAGAUUUAUUGGAGACACGUCCUUGGCAGCAGUGAUGCUGUGGAUGGAAUAGAUAUUGCUCUGGGAAAAUAUGUUAUAACCCUUUCAUCUGGCGGGGGUAUCUUAAGGGCUUGGAACCUUAUUGAUGGUCAAAUGGUUUGGGAGUCUUUUCUUCAGGGUUCAAAGUCUUCAUCAAAGUCAUCACUAUCCAUUCCGACUACAAAUUUGAAAGUGGGCAAGGAUAAUUUGAUCCUCGUUUUUGGUAAGGGGUUUGUUCAUGCUGUUUCUAGUAUAGAUGGGGAGAUUGUUUGGGAGAAGGAUUUUGCAGCAGAAAGUGUUGAGAUCCAACAGAUUAUUUGGCCUACCAACAGUGAGAUAAUAUAUGUGCUGGGUUCUGUUGGCUCUUCCCAGUUUGAGGUGUUUGCAAUAAAUGCAAGGAAGGGAGAGCAGCUGAGUAAAAAUGGUGCUGCCUUUCCUGGUUAUUUUUCAGGGGAGAUGUUAUUGGUUUCUGAUGAACUGGCUGUGGCAUUGGAUGCCCCCAAGUCAAAGAUUGUAACAAUAAACGUUCAGGAUGGUAUCAAAUUUCAGCAAACAUAUUUAUCUGAUCUUAUUGGUGAUUCUUCUGGGACAGCAGUGUUGUUGCCCUUAAAGCUUCAAGAAAUGUUUGCUUUAGAAAUCAAUGGGUUCAAAAUAUUCGUUAGAAUAACUGGUGAAGGCAGUCUGGAGGUUGUGGAUAAAGUCAAUAGUGCCGCAGUUGUUAGUGAUCCUCUCUUACUUUCAGAGGACCAAAAAGCUUUUGCACUAAUUCAGCAUGAUCAUGAUGGCAAGAUUCAUCUUACAGCUAAGCUUGUCCAUGACUGGACUAAGGAAUUGCAUAAGGAGAGUAUAGUGAUGGACCAUGGAAGAGGGCUUGUCCAUAGGGUAUUUAUAAACAAUUAUAUCCGCACAGACAGGUCUAAUGGAUUCAGGGCCUUGGUUGUCAUGGAAGAUCAUUCGCUCUUGCUGUUACAACAAGGAUCGAUUGUCUGGAGUAGGGAGGAUGGCCUUGCCUCAAUUGUAGAUGUAGCAACAUCAGAACUACCUGUGGAAAAGGAGGGUGUAUCAGUUGCAAAUGUGGAGGAUAACCUCUUUGAAUGGCUCAAGGGUCACAUGCUAAAGCUUAAGGGAACUUUGAUGCUUGCAAGCCCCGAGGAUGUUGCAGCAAUCCAAGGGAUGAGAUUAAAGAAUUCUGAGAAGAGCAAAAUGACCCGAGAUCACAAUGGUUUCCGGAAGCUGAUUAUAGUCCUAACUCGAGCAGGAAAGCUGUUUGCCUUGCACACUGGAGAUGGACGAGUUGUUUGGUCUCUUUUACUGCCUUCACUGCGUAAUUCAGCAUGCAAGUAUCCAAGUGGGCUUAGUAUUUACAAAUGGCAGGCUCCUCAUCAUCAUGCAUUGGAUGAAAAUCCAUCUGUACUCAUAGCAGGCCGGUGUGGACAAAGUUAUGACGCACCAGGUGUUCUUUCUUUCGUGGAUACUUACACAGGGAAGGAAAUAAGUACAUUGAGCCCUGCUCAUUCUGUUGUACAAAUUAUUCCACUGCCCUUCACUGAUGCAGCUGAACAGCGUCUUCAUCUACUGACAGAUAUGGACCAUCGCACACAUCUAUACCCCAGAACUCCUGAGGCUCUUAGUAUUUUUCAACGCCAGUUUUCAAACAUAUACUGGCACUCAGUUGAUGCUGAUAAAGGCAUCAUUAAGGGUCAUGCUUUGAAGAGAAAUUCUGCCAGUGAAAACCUUGAUGAUGAGUACAGCUUUGACUCUAGAGAUGUAUGGUCAAUUGUAUUUCCAUCCGACUCGGAAAAGAUAACCGCAACCGUGACAAGAAAAUUGAACGAGGUGGUCCAUACUCAAGCAAAGAUUAUAGCAGAUCACGAUGUAAUGUACAAGUACAUCUCAAAAAAUUUGAUGUUUGUUGCCACUGUUACGCCAAAAGCUAGUGGUGAAAUUGGAACAGCUACCCCAGAGGAGUCGUCAUUGGUUGUUUAUCUUAUUGACACUAUAACUGGUCGUAUAUUGCACAGAAUGAGUCAUCAUGGUUCUCAGGGUCCUGUCCAUGCUGUUUUCAGUGAGAACUGGGUUGUCUAUCACUACUUCAAUUUGAGAGCACACAGAUAUGAGAUGUCAGUCAUUGAGAUAUACGACCAGUCCCGAGCACCGGCCAAUAGUGAUUUGUGGAAGCUUGUUCUUGGAAAGCAUAAUCUCACUUCUCCUAUUUCCUCCUACUCCCGAACUGAGGUUGUGACAAAAUCACAAUCUUACUUUUUCACUCAUUCUGUUAAAGCCAUAUCAGUGACAUCAACAGCUAAGGGAAUAACUUCAAAGCAGCUUCUCAUUGGUACCAUUGAAGAUCAGGUUUUGGCACUUGAUAAACGUUUUCUUGAUCCCCGUCGAUCAGUCAACCCUUCACAAGCUGAGCGGGAAGAAGGGCUUGUUCCUUUAACAGAUUCAUUGCCUAUCACUCCUCAGUCUUAUGUAACGCAUGCCCUCAAAGUAGAAGGACUUCGAGGCAUAGUUACUGUGCCUGCCAGGUUGGAGUCAACAACACUUGUUUUUGCAUAUGGAGUUGAUCUCUUUUACACCCGAAUUGCACCUUCGAGGACCACCUAUGAUUCCCUCACUGAAGAUUUUAGUUAUGCUUUGCUCCUCAUCACCAUCGUGGUACUAGUAGCUGCAAUCUUCGUAACAUGGAUUUUGUCUGAGAAGAAAGAUUUACAACACAAGUGGAUGUGAUCUUCCUAUAGAAACAACAGUGGUUUGAAUUGUUAGUAGGAUUCCAAUUCAGGAAAUAAACACAAGGGUUUUAUGUAGGCAAUUUUUAAGAUCAUUUGAAAUGCUUUUAGUUGAUAUCUCCUUUUGACUUGUUAGAAUUGUUUGGUUUUUUCUCUCGCCUUGAUGUUAAGUUAUUAAUUUAAAUCCCGGAUUUCGAACA